AUGAAUGGCAAUCCGCGCGGCGGCAUCUGGGCUCCGACCAUUUGGCACCGCGAUGGCAAAUUCUACAUCAUUGUCACUUACGCGACUUACCAGCCCAGAGAAAAGGUCCAUAACCUCCUUUUUUACACCGAAGAUCCCUACAGCGAUGCAUCUUGGAGUAUUCCGCUACCCAUCACCAAUUCAGGGGGGAGCAACCACAUUGACCCGAAUCUUUUCUGGGAGGAUGGCACUGCCUAUAUGGCCACUGGCUGGGGCAGAGUCUUCCUCUCCGUCAUAGACAUCAAUACUGGCAACGCGAGUGACAAGGUAGAAAUAUGGAAGGGCACUGGUGGCAACAACCCCGAGGCACCACAUAUUUACACGAAAGACGGCUUCUUUUACCUUCUUAUCGCAGAAGGCGGUGCUGGUCUCGGCCACAGCGCUACCAUGGCACGAUCUCAAGACCUCUAUGGGCCAUAUGAGAGCUAUUCUGGGAAUCCCGUUCUCACCAAUAGAGGAUCGGGCGAGCUCUUUCAGUCAGUCGGACAUGCAGACCUGUUUCGAGAUGUUAACGACAACUGGUGGGCUGUUGCGCUAGCGACACGCUCAGGUCCGGAACUCGAGAACUAUCCUAUGGGUCGAGAAACCGUGCUUACGGCCGUGACUUGGAAGAAUGACUCUUGGCCAGUAUUCGAUCCUGUGCGUGGCACCAUGCAUGGCCCUCUACCAAGAACUACGGCAGCAGCUCACGAGAGACUUCUGAUCGAUACCAGAGACGAGCUGAACUUCAACCCAGGGACUUCUUUACCACAUCACUUCGUUCAUUUUAGGUCUAAGGUCGAGGAAAAGUACACCAUUGUCAAUAACUCACUACGACUAUUGCCGUCACAAACCAACCUGACGGGGAGCCCAGAUCACUUCGAUCCUGGAGAUGGCGUAACGUUUAUCGGCCGAAAGCAGACAACCACCAAAUUCAACUUUUCAGUCGAUCUUUCCUUUGUGCCCAAGAAUGUGGGAGAUGAGGCGGGAAUCUCGAUUUUUCAUAGUCAGCAACAGCACAUUGACUUGAGUGUCGUGCUGCCAGAAGAUUCCAAUAACCCCCGACUACGGAUGAGGGCAACUACUUUCGGAAGACCAAGCGCCCCAGUUCUCGAGACAGUAGUGAGACUGGUGCCCAAAGCCUGGGUAAGCUGUCCCAUCCGAUUAUCAGUUGAGGCACUUGACGCAAAUGACUACAAAUUCGUGGCAUCUUCAACUUGCAACCGAGCAAGUGCGAGCAUAGACAUGGGCAAAGCCAGUUCGGACGUGACCAGUGGGGGGUUUCUGGGUGCGUUUCCAUGA